GAGAGAGAGAGAGAGAGAGAGAGAGAGAGAGAGAGAGAGAGAGAGAGUUGGUUUAGCACAGAGAAACCAGAAUGAGAAGGAAGGGGGUCCGCGGAAGUGAAGGUGACAGGUAGAUAGGGGAAGUAAGAGAAGGGGAGCCCAGCUGGUACUGACUUCAUCACAUUCAGAACCUGUGGAGGGCUCGGUGGUGCUGCAGCUGACUGGGGGAAAUCACCAGGUCGUUCAAUACACCACAGCCUCAGAACAAUCUACAGCUGUCGCACGUUUUGGCGUUUCUCCCUCAGUUACGCCAUCCCUUACUUUAAGGUGAAGAAUGCCCUGGGUUCGCUUUCUCUUUCUAGGUUCUCCCCAGAUGCCUUCUCUCUAGCGUUGCCAGGCGGUAGGGAGGAGUCCAGGAAAGUGGGAGAGCCCUGAAAGCAGCCUAGAGGGUUUGGGGGCUGGUGUUGGAAAGGAGGUGGGAGAAGACAGAGUAGGGAGUCUCCAGCCCCCGGGGCAGGGACCCGCUAUCUCUCUCUUCCUCCCUCCCUCCCUCCUUCCCAGAGCCUUAGCUCCCUCGCUCCCUCACCGCCUGCAGACGCCUCCCGAGCCAGGCAGCCCAGCGCGUGGGAGGUGACAUCGCUUGGGGAGCGCGAUUGGUUUAAUAUGGUAAUAGAGAGGAGGGACCAGCCCUGGCCGCUGGUUGCUGGCUUAGCUCCGUCACGCAGAGCGCUGCGCUCAGACGACUAGGGUUCUCUUGCCCCAGCUUCUCGGGUCCCAGCCCCAGCCCCGGAGCCAGCCCCGCCAUGUGAGGUGGCCCCGCGCCGGUGCCAGAGCCCGUGCCUGUCCCCUCCUCGCGCGGCCGCUGGGCCGCCCACCGGACACCCCAUGCAGCCUCUGCUCGGCCCCGCAGACGACCAAGCCCUAGAGGGCUCCCCUGAGGCCAGCCCACAGUUGCCAGUGUCCAAAAUGGCGGCCAAACAACCUCCACCUCUCAUGAAGAAGCACAGCCAGACAGACCUGGUGAGCCGUCUGAAGACCCGAAAGAUCCUUGGAGUGGGAGGAGAGGACGAUGAUGGAGAGGUGCACCGCUCCAAGAUCAGCCAGGUGCUGGGAAAUGAAAUCAAGUUUGCUGUCCGGGAGCCUUUGGGGCUCAGGGUUUGGCAGUUUGUCUCAGCUGUUCUCUUCUCUGGAGUCGCCAUCAUGGCCCUUGCCUUUCCUGACCAGCUGUUUGAUGCCAUCUUUGAUGGAGCCGAGGUGAACAGCAAAACUCCAAUCCGACUCUAUGGAGGGGCGCUCCUGAGCAUCUCACUCAUCAUGUGGAAUGCCCUCUACACAGCUGAGAAGGUCAUUAUCCGCUGGACCCUGCUCACUGAGGCCUGCUAUUUUGGGGUGCAGUUCUUAGUCACCACUGCUACCCUGGCAGAAAAUGGACACGUGUCAUCAGGGGCGCUGUUCCUCCUAGCCAGCCGUCUCCUCUUCAUCCUCGUCAGCAUUUACUACUAUUACCAAGUGGGCCGGAGAGCCAAGAAGGCCUAGUAGCCCCAUCUCCCCCUGGGCAGAGGAUGUCAGGGGUGGGGUUGCCUGCCUGCAUGUCCCUGGACCAGGGUGACAUUUGGGGAGGGUUACUUUUUUGGUUUGUCCUUUUAGUGUACCAGAGGGAUGACCCCUCUAUCUGUCCCCAGUCCUUGACUGCUAGGCUCCUGACCCAGGCAAGGAAGUUGUUACCCUACCUUGGCUCAGCGAUUCUAGAUGGAAGAGUUUUCAUGUCCUAACCAGCCCCUAGAAUUGGAGCCAAUCUUGGCCCUAACAGAGCCACUGGCUUCACUCCUGAUAAACCUCCUUAGGCCAUGGCCAAGAAUCUGAGACUUCCCAAGGUAGACUGAGAGGUCUGGGGAAGCAGCAGUGAUAGUAUGGGAAGAACCCUGGAUUUGGAGUCAGGAAACUCUUGAGGUCAAAGCCUGGCCCUCCUCCUUACUACUGGUGUGACCUUGGGCAAGUCACUUAACCCCAAGACUCAGUUUUCUCAUCUAAAAAAUGAGGAGAUUGUACUAGAUGAUCUCUAAGAUCUUUUUCCAGCUCUAAAUCCUAGAUGAGAAGACCGAAGGUUCUUGAGGAUAAACAAAAGCAUCUCUUCUCUCUACUGGGACAGACUGGAUGUGGCCUCCAUAGGGGCAAAAGGAAAGACCCAUAUUUACCCCCUUUGGAGUCUCCAGCCUUUGGGUUUCUACUGAUCACUGCUGCUGAAUCCCUCAGCCUUGGAGUUGGAAGAGAGCAUUCAUUCCAAGCAACAUAAAGGCUUGAGACUAAAGAAUGGAGGAGGGAACAAUCCCAUAAAUGGGGUUACCAGAGACUGGGCUCAUAGGACUGAUCCCCCAUCCUUCAGCAGGAAGGAUCUUCAAGGAUUCAGUCUGCCCCAAGGAUGUCUUCAACCAGGCUCGCCAACAAAGCAGCCCUACAAAACUCCCUAGAAGCAUCAGCCUGAGUUAAGAUCCAAGGUUAUCUCCUUGUCUUUUCAUGGCUGACUGUUUUAGGCUUCCUGAUACACUCUGUCCACACUGCCCUGGGCAUUUCAAGACAGCCCCUUGGUAGAACUCUUGCUCAGAGACUCCUUUUGUUCUUAAACUAUCCCAGUUCCCAUCCUUCCUCCACAACUGAAAAAAAAAAAACAACUAGGUUCCCAGCUCAUCCCUAGAUGGUUUCUUGGGAGCAAUAGUUUUGCUGUUGCCAGCCUGUGGAUGUGGGUUGGAGGAUGGGUCAAUGGACCAGAUCGUUCAAUGGACUGUGAACACAGCCAGAUGGGUCCAUAACAGACAGGAGAGGAUAAUUCAAUUGCUUUUGGAAAGUUGUCUCCCCUUCUAAAGAUGGGUAGCUUUGGGAAUGGGUGAGAGAUGGGGGGAAAAGAUGCUACUCCAUUUCCCUCACCUCCAGUUGAGAGGUUCUAGGGUCUUAUCUAGACCCCCUAAAGUUGCUCAAGGGACCUUGUUUGGGCUGGGGGACAUAGACUCUUUGAGAUUCAACUCCAGGCAGGAAACUGCCAUGUGAGCAUUGACCCAAGGGCUCUCCCCAGUCCCUAAGUCCUACCAGUCUGUAGAUCCUCUACUUUCCCCCUCUCUCACCCCAAACUUCCUCAGUUUGCUUCACCCCAGUUCCAUUCUCUGGAUAGAGGCACUGGUGAAUUUCAUGCCCAAUGCUACCUGUCACUGAUAGGUUGCCCUAGUCAGGAACCAUUUUGUAAAUAGUAGGAUUAGGAUAUGCAAAAGAAAAAAAAAAAGAAAAACCCCAUCAUUUCUGCAAAUCGCAACCCUGCUCUGUGUUUGCCUCCUAUGAGAGCCCCUUCCCCUGCUGGCUCAGCUCGGACCCAGUAGGCAGGAAAGACUAGCUGCUUGCCUUCCCUCUUUCCUACUUUUCUAGGCUCUUUCUUCAUUUUUUUCAUGCUUCAAAUGGUGCCUUUAGAGCAGGAAAUUCAGAAGCUCAUGUUCUAUUCCAGAAGGACUCCAACGUUGUGUGAAUCUUUGUCUUUUUUUUUCCCUCUUGGAUGUUGCCGAAUUUGUCCUCUGAACCUGAUACCUCAGUAGCAAAAAUAAACAAAAUCCAUUUGGUCAAA